UCUUCUAUGAUGCAUUAUUUUGUCAAUAGAUGUGCCACCCCUAAAUAGGGAAUGAAUGCUCCUCGUAGUGCAUAGGCUGCUUUUGUGUUAUGGAAGCAGCAGCUUCCUCUAAAGGUGCCCAGGCUGAACAACAGAGAAACAUUUCUGCAUCCUUUGGAGACCAGUCCAACUCAGGCUAUUCAAUGAUUCCACAGGCACUGAGCACCACGAGGCCAGCAAACAUAGGCCAACCACAGGAAUGAGUAUUUGGAAACAGCAUGUUAUGGAUGAUCUUAUGUGGUCUUCCCUUGCCAGAUACUCUAAAAUAAUCAUAGAAUCUUGGAGUCAUUAAGGUUGGAAAAGAUUUCUUAGAUCUUCUAGUCCAACUGUUGACCGUGCCUGCUGACCAUGUCCUUCAGGUACCAUAUCCCCACAGUUCUUCAACGCCUCCAGGGAUGGUGACUCCACCACCUCCCUAUGUAAUAAUGAAGCAUUCCACACCAUGUUUUGAAGGAAAAGAGGCCAAGGAGAUCGUGAACAGCAGCAUCAGCACCUUAGAGUUUGCUUCUUUUGCGUAUCUACAGAGUUGUCAUCUUCAGAGGGCUGUGGCUAGCUGAUGAGCAUCUGCUAAUCUUAAGGAGUAUCAGAUGCCUUCGGAAUAUUAUCCACUGGAAUUUGAUCACCACGUUCAUCCUGAGAAAUGUGAUGUGGUUUCUGCUCCAAAUGAUAGACCACAACAUACAUGAAAGCAACGAACCCUGGUGUCGAUGUAUUACCACUGUCUACAAUUAUUUUGUGGUGACCAACUUCUUCUGGAUGUUUGUGGAAGGCUGUUACUUACAUACUGCUAUAGUGAUGACCUACUCCACGGAUAAGCUGCGGAAAUGGGUCUUUCUCUUCAUAGGAUGGUGUAUUCCUUGCCCAAUCAUCAUUGCGUGGGCCAUUGGCAAACUAUAUUAUGAAAAUGAGCAAUGCUGGUUUGGAAAAGAACCAGGGAAAUAUAUCGACUACAUAUAUCAAGGGCCAGUGAUUCUUGUUCUUCUGAUCAAUUUUGUAUUUCUGUUUAACAUAGUUAGAAUUUUAAUGACAAAGCUGAGAGCUUCAACCACUUCAGAAACAAUACAGUACAGGAAGGCAGUCAAGGCAACUUUAGUUCUUCUGCCUCUGCUAGGCAUCACAUACAUGCUUUUCUUCGUCAACCCUGGUGAAGAUGACAUUUCCCAAAUUGUCUUCAUCUACUUCAAUUCAUUUCUGCAGUCUUUUCAGGGUUUCUUUGUGUCAGUAUUUUACUGCUUCUUGAACGGUGAGGUCCGUUCUGCUGCCAGGAAAAGAUGGCACCGCUGGCAGGACCAUCACUCGCUCCGUGUGCGUGUGGCACGUGCCAUGUCCAUCCCCACAUCCCCAACACGGAUCAGCUUCCAUAGCAUCAAACAGACCGCAGCUGUGUGAUACACCCUGCACAUAUAUGCACCACCUGGUGGCCUUCAGGGUUCUUUCUUCAGUCUCCCCAAACUCCUCCUUUCUUCAGACUUCCUUCCUUUAUUCUGCACUGCGCUUUUUUGGCAACGAGGUGCCCGUCGUAUUGUUGUGGACUCUCAUUUCCCGUGUUCAUGAUGCUGCUUUAAGACAACCGGGCUAAAAGCCUCCUGGAGUAAAGGGUGGCAAAGCAGAUUCAAGGAAGAGAUUUAACACUGACUGCACCUUGAGGAAGUCCACAGCACAGUCUAAAACAGCACAGUGGCAGCAACAAUAAAUUCAUUCUCUUUUUUUUUUUUUUCCUUCGUUUUUUCCUCCCAUAGUGUGGCGAACAAAACUAUUUUUGACACACUGCCCAUCUCACCUGUACAUUGGUUCCCGAUGAUUUCAACAGAUUUCGUGUGUAGAUAGCCCAUCUCAUUGUCGGUUCUUUGUAAAAGUUUCUUCUCUGCAAGAAAAAGAGUAUCUGAGAAAUGCUGUGAAGAAUCCGAAUUUAUCUACCUUCCCUGUUUCUCCCUUUGAUAGACUGGGAGUUGGCCAGGGCAUUGCUGGACUGUUAUACAUGGGGUGUUUUGCCUUGCAAGAACCCUUCCCUGUUCAUGCAUAAGAUGUUGAAAAGGACAGCAGUAUCUCUAGAUAGCUCUAUCAAGUAUCCUUAACCCUCUCACCCCCGUAUUUUCCACACAAUGUAAGUAGCCUUUGGGGAAGUGUUUGGUUUUAGCUAAGAGGAUUGGGCUGGGGAAGGACAGCAGGACAUGAUUUCUGGGUUUAAAAAAUAGAAAAGGGAAGCACUGUAAAAAAACAAUCAACCGUGAGAAGAGGAUGUUUGCAUUCUGAAGAUAGUGCUAUAUGCUGCACAAAGAUUAUCUACUCAGCAUUUUGAACUAGAGCAGUUGUAUCUACUAGGCUUUUUAUGUGAUGUUCAGAAAUACUGUAUAUUUUCAAUAAUAAACACUAC